AUGUCGAACUAUAGGGCUCCUUUGCCCCAUUACAAUUUUAGGAGUAAAACAGAAAAGAUCGAUGAAGAAUUCCUUAAGAGCGGAAUAUUUAAAAGAAUAAACAGUCGUGAGAAUAAUGAAAUAAGAGACAUGUUUAUAAAAUUAGGAGAGGAUGGGUAUUCGGACGCUUCUUGUUUUUACUCCUUAGGAAAUACAAAAGUUUUAACCUUAAUAUAUGGACCUAAGCCUGACUCGAAGAAUGCAACUUAUGAUAAGGGAAAAGUUUUUUUAGAAAUUAAAAGUCUGAGUAUGAAUGCUUUUGGGACAACCGAUAAGAGUGAUGAAGACAUAAAAAAUUUGUUAAUAGAGUGUAUAUCAAGCAUUAUCUUGUUAGAAAGGUACCCGCAAUGUUCUAUUAAUAUAAGAUGUUUAAUAGUUCAGAAUGAUGGAGGAUGUCUAAGUGCCACCUUAACGUGCAUAUCUCUUGCUUUGACCAAAGCCCAAAUACAAAUGCGGGACCUUAUAAUAUCUAUAAAUAUAAAUUCUUUAAUAUGUCCAAACACAAGAAGAGUUUUUCACCUUGUGGACCUCGAUGCAUUAGAGGAAAAAUACUAUGGGAGCAAAUGCCAAAUGAACACAAUAACUCUGGGUAUUUGCUUAAAUUUAAGGACUGUUUGCUUUUUUCAUGGAACGGGUAGUUUCUUUAAUGACAAAAAUUUAGCGCAGAUAAUUGGUUAUGCUGAAUCUGCGUGUAGGUCAUUAGGAUGUGAAAUAAAAAAAACUUUAAAAAAUUGCAUUCUAAAAAAGAAAGAGUCCUUAUCUCCUUGA